AUGGGUUUCUUGCGUUCAUACCGGAUUGAAAGCAUUGGCUUCGUAGGUGGUAUCUGGUUUGUGUGGAAUCCUUCCCGUGUGCCAGUUACUCCUUGGCUUAUGGCUGGAGAUUUCAAUUCUAUUGCUUUUUCUUUUGAGAAGUUGGGGCGUGCUACAGCGAGCUCAUCAAGAUGUCGUUUUGUUGAGCCUCAAUUUACUUGGAAGAGAGGGGUAGUGGAGGAACGUUUGGAUAGGGUGUUAUGUGAUUUGGAUUGGCGGACUAAGUAUAUUGAUGCCACGUUAUAUCACCUACCUUGCUUGAAUUCUACUCACCGUUCACUUCUUAUAAAGGUUAAUCAUGUGGAGCAUCCUUCCAGUCGAACAGCGGCCUCUUAUUGGAAUAAGAAUGUUUUUGGCAAUAUUGGCAAAAGAAAGUCAAAUUUGCUGAAGAGGAUUGUUGGUGUUGAGCGCGCUCUCGAGCUACAUCCUAAUUCACAAUAUCUUUUGAAUAUUGAACCCAACCUUAAAUUAGAAAUGGAGAAUGUGUAA